GUGACAUUUUCCGAUUCAAGUACACCUGGCAAACCAAACAGGAUUAGAAGAGCACGGAUUAUAAACAUACGAGCUGUCAAAAAAGUCGCUUGCAAAAAUUGCCAUGACGAAAACAAUUUUUUUAAACAACGUCAAUUGCGGAAUUUGAGGCGCCGAUACAAGAAGUAUUGGCGAUGAUUUGUGUUAUUUUGUGAAGACUACUUACUUUCAUCGCCCUGUUUUAGGAUGGUGGGCGGUGUUAUGGUGGCUUUAAAGCGAACACUGAGGCUGGACGUCGUCAGUAAAGCAGCCCGUCAGUAUCCUGUCUUCUGUUUCCUGCUCGUCUUCAUGCUGGGACUCACCUUGCUGCUCAACAGGUACAUCCACAUCCUGAUGGGCUUCUGGUCCUUCCUGGCAGGUGUCAUCACAUUCUACUAUGCUCUGGAACCAAACUCCCUGCUCCCAAACAUCUUCUUCAGCAGGACACCAAGACAGCCUCGUCAGGAACAAGAGUUGUUCCCUUCUGGUCACAGCUGUGCGGUGUGUGGGAAGGUGAAAUGCAAGCGUCACAGGCCAACGUUGCUGCUGGAGAACCACCAGCCCUGGUUGGGCAUGAAGAUUAAUUCCAAGAUUGACUCUUCCAUAGCAGAGGUCUUUGAGCUGGUUCUGGAGAACUUUGUGUACCCGUGGUAUCGUGACAUCACAGAUGAUGAGGCGUGUAUCGACGAACUUCGCAUGAGCUUUCGAUUCUUUGCGUCCGUGUUGGUGCGGCAAGCUCAGAAGGUGGACGUACCUGCUGUGUUUGCAGACAAAGUGAUGAAGGCUGCAGUCAAACAUAUAGAGAUUCUGGCUAAAGCUGGAGCUAAAGCUCGCCAAGGUCGUGCAUUGCAGCAGGCAUGUCUGGAGGAGUACGGCUCCGACCUACACGUGGCCGUGCGCAGCCGCAAGAAGGAGCUGCUGUAUGUCAGGAAGCUGAGCGAGAUGCUCUUCCCGUACCUGAUGCCUCCAAAAGCAACAGAGUGCAGGUCUCUGGCGCUGCUGCUGAGGGAGGUAAUGGCCGGCUCUGUCCUCCUGCCCACCAUGGACUUAAUGGCCGAUCCGGACACCGUUAACUUAAUGGUGCUGAAAUUUAUCGACAACACGCCACCAGAAGCUGCCUCAGAAGCUCCAUCAGCUCUGGUUCCUUUCCUUCACAAAUACGCAGACUGCAGCCAUAAGAAAUCCACGCAGGUUCUCAAGUUGGAGCUGAAGGAGAUCAGGGAGCAGCAGGACCUUCUCUUUCGUUUCAUGAACUUUCUGAAGCAGGAGGGCGCCGUGCACGUGUUGCAGUUCUGCUUGGCCGUAGAGGAGCUGAACGACAAGAUCUUGAGUCCCGACUUGUGCAACUCGGAGCUGCAGCGUCUACAUGGCGAGGUGGUGCACAUCUAUGAGACGUACUGCCUGGACGAGAGCGUGGACAAGAUCAACUUGGACAGCGUCAUCGUGAAUGAGAUAAGGAACGUGGCUGCAGGUCCGUACUACGCCGUGGUCAAGCUGCAGACCACGCGCUGUCUAUUUGAGGCCUAUGAACACGUCCUGUCUCUUCUGGAGAACGUCUUCACGCGCAUGUUCUGUCAGAGCGAUGAGUACUUCAGAAACCUGCUGAAAGGCGCUGAGUCACCUGCAAGGAGUUCACGAGUCAGCAGAAACGCCUCCAAGCGGGGGGAGUCGUUUGGCAUCAGCAGGAUUGGCAGCAGAAUCAAGGGCGUGUUCAGGAGCACCACCAUGGAGGGUGCCAUCUUGCCGCCCUGUUCCAUGGCCGACGGCGAUGACGACUUGGUGGAAGAGGCCACAGUAGUGACGGAGGACGACUUGCCUGCUGAGCCAGCAUGCACAACAGGAAGCUUAAGGAACCUUUCUGCCUGGACCAUCACCAUCCCAUAUAUUGACAUCUACGAGGACGAGGCCAAGAAGGAGAGGAUUCCUGUCUUCUGCAUCGAUGUGGAGCGCAACGACAGGAGCAAAGUGGGUCAUGAUGCAGAGAGGUGGUCGGUCUACAGAAGAUAUUUGGAGUUCUACGUGCUGGAGUCCAAGCUCACAGAGUUUCACGGCGCCUUUGUGGAUGCACAGCUUCCUGCCAAACGCAUCCUGGGACCCAAGAACCACGAGUUCCUGACCUCCAAGAGGGAGGAGUUUGAGGAGUAUUUACAGAGACUCCUGCAGUAUCCAGAGCUCAGCAACAGUCAGCUGCUGGCAGACUUCCUGUCUCCUUAUAGCAUGGAGUCUCAGUUUGUGGACAGGAUGCUCCCUGACGUUAACUUGGGAAAGAUCUUCAAGUCUGUUCCUGGAAAGUUGAUGAAAGAGAAAGGUCAGAACUUGGAUGCCUUCCUUCAGUCCUUCUUCAACUCAUGCGAGUCUCCUAAACCUAAACCCAGUCGUCCUGAACUGACCGUCUUCAGUCCUGGUGCCGACGCCAGCAAGCGGCUCAACAACAAGCUCUACAGCAACAACGCCAACAUGGCAGCAGGCGCCGAGAGGCGGCACCAGUACAACUGCUUCCUGGAGGCGGUCGGCAUUGAUGGCAUGUAUGACUACAUGUUGCACAUCGGUCGACUGUUGUUCCGAAUGCCGCCGUGGCUUCACCACUUGCUGUCAGCUGGCAGGAUCCUCUUGAAAAACACUUUUGAGGCCUACAUUGAGCAGCACAUGCGGUCUAAGCUGGACCACAUCCUGCAGGAGCACCACAUGGUCUCACUCAUCACGCAGCUACGAGACGCCAUCUUCUGUGAGAGCAGUGAGGAGCGAAGCAUCCUGGACAAGCAAGCCAGAGCUCAGCAGACCUUUGAACAGAUGAUGGACUACCUACCUGAUGUAGUUGGAAAGUGGGUUGGUGAGGAAAACAAACACGACGGUGUCCAGCUUCUCUUUGAGGGUCUGCAGCAGCCACUACUCAAUAAACAGAUGUCCUACGUCCUGCUGGACAUCACCCUGCUGGAGCUCUUUCCUGAACUGGACCAUGUUGACCAGCAUCAACAUUGACAGCAAAGAGUUCAUGUUUCCCCCUCAGCGUUGAAGGAUGUCGUCAUGGUAACUUAUUGAAGGAAAACUGCUGAUCAAUCGAUCCCAACUGGACAGUUCAGUUUGUCUUGAAGACCUUUUCGCCUCAUCCAAGCGGGCUUCAUCAGUUGAUGCACAUUGACUUGGAUCGCGUCAGAUCUAGUCUAGAUGCUGGUGCCAAAGCCCUAACUAUUUCUCCUCCAACAAAAGAAGAGCAUGCUCAGGCAAGGGUAGUUCCGCCCUAAAGUUGUAGGGAAAAACAACUGUUGAGAUGCAAAUGAGAAACCCUUCUCGUUAACAUUGUGGUAAGGUGCGGCAAAACCAAAAGGUGCACCUGGAACCAGAAAGUUUGUUAUUUGUUGGAGGCUAAAUUCUAGUCUUUUUAGGAAUGGUUGAAAGGACAAUGUUGUCUGCGGGAGAUACAGUUGCUGGUGUUGCAGACCUCCUCCUCUGUUCAUGGAUGCUUUUUCACUCUUGACGUACAGUGAAUAGCUUUCUUAAAUCCCCUUUUGAUUCAUAACAGGAUUUAGGGACAUUUUUUUGUUCCAGGUGCUUCUUUUGUGCCAUUUUUACAACUUAAUUGAAUGCUAAAGUGGGUUUUGGUUUACCACAUUGCAGAGGUGUGGACUCGAGUCACAUGACUUGGACUCGAGUCAUACUCAAGUCAUGAAUUUGAUGACUUUAGACUCCACUUGACAAAAUGUAAAGAGCUUGCAACUCGACUUAGACUUUAACAUCAAUGACUUGUGACUUCGCUUGGACUUGAGCCUUUUGACUUGACAAGACUUGCUACUUUCCCCAAAACCCAAAGAUUAAAAAGUUAUUCAGGAGCGCUCCGUAUCUUUCAUUGUGUAUGUGUGUGUCUGUCAGCGUGUAUAACAUCCAAUCCAAUUAGACCCACCUUGUUUUCAUCCCAUCAAAUUGCAGAACAACCAACGAAGAAAAGCUGUCAAGCAACGCGCCAGUGAGGAAAAAUUAUACCAAAAACUACGAGGUGGUCAACAAAAAACGAAUUACCGUAUGCAAAACAUGCGGUUCGAUGAUUACAGACGGAGACGCAACAACUUCCAACUUCGUUCGACAUUUGAAGUUGCACAAAAAACGGUAAGUUUUGAAUGUAAGCUAACGUUUAUUGGCUAAGUAACGUAACUUUUAUUUGCUGUGUAGUUCAAUCAAUGAGGCUGUAAACUCACUGCUAACGUUAUAACGUUAUUGUUGCUAACGUUAUUGUAAACACGGCAAUCUGUUGCGUCCACUGCAGUUCACUACCUUAUUCAUACUUUUUGUCAAGUGAUUUUUUUUAAGCAGGGUUGCAUGAGGUACCGAUACGUAACGUUACGUUAGUCCAUGUAUCACACACAGUAACGUAAUGUUAGACGGCGGUCAGCAGCACCGCGUAUUUUAUCCACCUACAAAAAGACAAACAUAGUCAAAUAAAGGUCAGUAAAAUGUAUACUAUAUUAAGAAUGUGUGUACAUAUUGCAUUGGGCCCUGACAUCUAAAAAGUACAAUUCUGUUCAUUGUUAUGUUCAUGUAUUUGUUAUGUUUGUCAUGUGUGCGCACACAUAAACACACAUACAGUAUGAGAUGAGAUCAAUGAGAUAAGGUAAGAACAGGAUAUAAACUGCUGUGGAACUAGUUACAAUGCAAUAUGCCAUGGAAAUACAAUGUUAACACUUUUGUACAAAUAACUUGUUUUUUCAAAUGUGUUUAUUCUGUAAAGGAAUGAGUUAAAUGUUUAAAAUGACUGGUUGAUAGUGCUAUUAUGAAGUGCAAUGUCAGCACUAUUUUUUUUCCCCUGCAAUUACUAAUGCACUUGUUUUAAUAAAUAAAUACAGCAUUUUAAAGGCAUAUACAAUCUGUGUAAAUAUAUUAGUCUGUGGUUAAAAGGACUUUAAACUCAAAAUGCAGGACUUGGGACUUGACUCGAGACUUUCCAGUCUUGACUUUGGACUUGACUAGGGACUUGCCUGUCUUGACUCGGGACUUGACUGGAUAUUUGAGGGCAAAGACUUGAGACUUACUUAUGACUUGCAAAACAAUGACUUGGUCCCACCUCUGCCACAUUGUGCAGACUUGUAUGCCGUCUGCAUGUCCUCUUUAAUGCCAUAAAGGUCAAUAACAAAAACGUUUCUUGAGAACAUUUAAGUUGACGUGAUCAAUAAGUGUUUGUUUUUGAAAGAAGUAACAAUUCAACAAAUCUCGUUAUUUCUUGGAUUUACAUGUUUGGCUCACUGGUGGUCAAGCCAGCGUCUGUUCACAAUGGGUACUAGGCAACUUUUUGCCUUUUUCUGAGAAAAAUGUCUUAGGCUUGUGUUGUUUUUGGCUGUACGAAUCGUUCAAAUCACGAAAAUGAUAAAUGUUUCAUCAGAGUUCCUCGAGAGAUCAAGAAAGGCGCAAAAUUUUACGAAACAACGAGAAAAGUAGCACUCACUCCAGUCCAAAGGAGCAGUGGAAGAAUUACCGAGCAAAAACGAUGCAUGUUAAAUGGGUUAUACUUGUAUAGCGCUUUUCUACCUUCAAGGUAUUCAAAGCGCUUUGACAGUAUUUCCACAUUUACCCAUUCACACACUGAUGGCGGGAGCUGCCAUGCAAGGCGCUAACCAGCAGCCAUCAGAGGCAAAGGGUGAAGUGUCUUGCCCAAGGACACAACGGACGUGACUAGGAAGGUAGAAGGUGGGGAUUGAACCCCAGUAACCAGCAACACUGGCACAGCCACUCUACCAACUUCGCCACGCCGUCCCUCCGAGAGUCUUGAUACUAAUUUCCUUGACCAAGCAAAACACAAAAGAAGUUGUAGACCUCCAUGCUUUUCCAAGUUCUCUGUUUUGUCGUGUAGAAUGAUGUCGGGAGCACAAUAGUUUGAUGUGUCUGGUAACACGACCGACGUAUAAUCCUUAAUAUCACUCAACAAAUCUUUUUUUGAUAGUAUAGGGAUCUAUUCCAUUGCAUAGUUUGAUUUUUUUGCUCGUAUCUGCUUUUUGCAGGAAGAUUUAAGCCUCUUUUGUACUUGCUGUACAACAGCCAUCUUGAAUGGUUGACCACCAAUGGUUUUCACUUCCGGGAAGAAGUCACAUGACGGAAUACAAGCAAUUCAGCAAACAAGCGUUGCAAGAUAAUGAACAUCUUUCCUGGGGCCGUACUUAUCAAGCUUCUUAGAAUUACUCCUAAGAAGUCUGCUAAGAGUUGACUAAGAGUAACUAAAUUCUUCGCUGAAAGCUGCACUUAAAAGUUAGUUAUCAAGCGUCUUACUCACACUUUCAGCGAAGUGUAGGACUGAAUCUUAAGUGUCACACUCAGAGCUGAAUUACGACAUUACUAUGUGCCGUAAACGGAAUUUUAGGUG